GGGUAUGGAGAAGAUUUAUGCACUUUGUCACCUAUUUCGUCACCACUGUAAGAGAAAAGCGUAUAAAUAACACAACAAGAGCUGUUUUUAUUCAUUAUUUCGAAGUCUUUUCUACCUAGUUCGUUUUCGAUCAAAUACAGCAGCAAAAAAUAAUGAGUAAGUUCGUAUCACAUCUUACUGGUCAUAUACUUCUAGGAUGAUCUUAAAGACCUAAUCGGAUGCUUCGUAGAAUGUAUUUGCGCCAAGAUCUUUACCAUUAUCAUCCAUUACGAUGCCAAACUGAGAAGUGCGCCUGAAAUAUAAAACGAAAUCUAUCGCUUUGCUGACCCUAUCACUUUUAUAUAUCUCAGUAUUUGGUAAAGAAGCUUAAAGCUGCGACAUCAAAUUUGUCACAUGCACUUGAAAAAUAAUAUCAGAAAGUUCAAUGAGAAGAGGCCAAGGGGAAUCUAUGACUCAAAAAACAAACAAUUCAGAAAAAGCUUCAAUAGUUGUUCUGACUCUCCGUUGUAAACGAAUGAUUUGUACGUGCGUUUUUUAAAUAGAUUUUAUCACCAAGCAAGUUGAAAAUAAAUUGGGUGUGGAUUUGAAUGGGGAUGGCAUGGUCGGUUCGGGUACGAUUUAGUUCCUGAAUAGAUAUAUUCCAUGAAAGUUUCGUUUUAUUUUUGAAAUAGGUAGUGGUCGUGGAGCUGCUGGUGGUUACCGUUCACAAGGCCAAGGAGAUGGGGGCUUUAUUAAUCAAGCCGAAAGUACCACACAUAUGGAUCUCAAUGGUGACGGAACUGUCGGUGGUAGAUCUAAUCAUCCCUCAAAUCCAAAUCAGUAUGGCGGAGUUGGAUACGCUCCAAAUUCACAACAAUCCAGUGGUGGAGGCUUGAUGAAUCAACUCGAAAACGUUACACAUAUGGAUCUGAAUAGUGACGGACGUGUCGGUGGUGGUUCUACUCAACCCUCAAAUUAUAGUCGCCAAGGCUACCAGCACUAA